AGUAAACUGCCUGGGCAUGUUCAGUCGAGUGUUCGGGACGGGUGGACGUGUCAGCAGAGAUGUGAUACUACAUGGAAAGAGAAAUGUCUGAAACAUGGACUUCAAUUGGAAGUAAAACCCAUCGCAAUUCUUGGGGACUUCUCAACAACUCCAGAUAUUUAUCCCGGAAAGCCAUGCUCCUCAGUGCUGUGGAGAACGCCAGAGCACGGAAGAAGCAUCAAAAGAAGAAUAACAUCUCCAAUAAGAGAAAAAGGACAGAGGAAAACAAUGAAACGCAGGACACUAUCCAAAGAGUAAAAAAUAUAAAAUUACCUGAGAAUGACACGUGUCUAGAAGUUGAUAGCACUCUAAAACCCACAGACUCAUGGACUCAUGUUGCUAAAUUUGGACUGCCAUUGCCCCCUACAGUAGAGAGUUUGCCAAUAGCUGCUUCUGGGGACAACAGCAUAGCCAACCAGCAGACUUCAAAAGGCACAAAGCUGGUUGGGGCCACUCUGAGUGAACGAUGGGAGGUGGACAGUGGAUUUGUGUCUGAGGCCAGCCCUCCAACUAGUGGACGUAGUUCUCCCUGCCACACAAUGAGCCCAACCACCGUGGUGGCCAUGGACUGCGAGAUGGUUGGUACAGGGCCGGGCGGGCGCACUAGUGAAUUGGCACGCUGCAGCCUGGUGGAUUACCAUGGCAACGUCCUGUACGAUAAGUACAUCCGUCCGUGCCAGGCUGUGACUGACUACAGGACCCGUUGGAGUGGCAUCCAGAGGCACCAUUUACAGAACGCUCUGCCCUUCCCCAAGGCUAGGACAGAGAUACUACGAAUACUGGAUGGGAAAGUGGUGAUCGGUCACGCUCUGUACAAUGACUUCCAGGCCUUGGACUUCACCCACCCAUGUCACAUGAUCAGGGACACAAGUGGUAUGCGUCUGCUCAGGCGACUGGCUGGCUUCCCCACAAAGCGCUGUGUCUCACUCAAGAUCCUGGCCAACAGCCUCCUAAACAGGAAAAUACAGGUUGGAAGGAGGGGCCACAGUUCAGUGGAGGACGCUCUCGCUUCCUUGGACCUGUAUAAACUCGUGGAGGGGGAGUGGGAACAGGAUAUGCAAGAGAGAAUGAGGGACCGAGACACAGGCACUCUCCCAGACCCCGCCACCUCAAACCACUACAUGCAGGACCAGUACUGGCCAGAGGACUUGACCAAUGACAGCCAUUGAGAGAAGCCUGUGUAGGAGGGUUGAUGGGGUAGAAGUAGGCCAGGGGUUUUAAGUAAAAUGGUCCCAAGUUGGCAAGGGUGAUACUAAAUUCAUCUGAUCAGCUAAUAUUGCACACAUACAUGCUGGGAGCCACAGUUUCCACAGGGGAUAAGGUCAUGGCAACACGUCAAGUCGCUCAAUGUCAAGAAUGGCAUCAGGAAAGGGAGUGAACUGUGAAAGGAAGGGGUAAAUGCAAUGACGAGGGAUUUAUUUUAAGGUAUUGCAGCCGUAUGUCUUUGUGUGUAUGUAGAGCAUGUCAAGUUUGACAUGGUUAACUUACUACUUGGAUAGUUAGAACAAUGGCUGGAAGUCUAUGGGUAUCUGCUAGCUUACUAGCACAUACCCAUAGACUUCCAGCCGUUGCGCUAACACUAGUUAGCAUUGGUUUGCAAAACUACCUAUAACUUCCUUCAUACUGGACAGAGACAUACAAUUUUUAUCUACGAGUUCAUCGGACUCUGGGGAAGUAGAUAAAAUCCAGAAGUAUCCCUUUAACUCACGAUUUGUUAAAACUUGCUUGCAUGAAAUUACACCAGUAUCUCCAGAUAAGUCGGCAGGUAGCUUAGUGGUUAAGAGCGUUGUGCCAGUAACCGAAAGGUCGCUGGUUCUAAUCCCCAAGCCGAC